AUGAAUAUCGCAAUGAAUCGUAUUAUGAAAGAAUUCAAGGAAGUCAUGACUAAUGAAACUAAUGGCAUUGAUUUAAAAAUGCCCGAAGGUGAUUUGACAAAGAACAUGUCGAAUGCGGGAUCGCAGUCGGGCAAGAGAGAGAUCUUCUUACAAGGUUCGAUAUUAGGACCACCCGAUACACCAUAUGCGGGCGCUCGAUUUCAUGUUGACAUUAUCGUCGUUGAUACGUAUCCGUUUAAUCCACCGAAAGUUCGAUUUACAACGAAGAUCUGGCAUCCAAAUGUAAGUUCAGUCACAGGUGCGAUUUGCUUGGAUAUUUUGAAAGAUCAAUGGGCUGCAGCUAUGACUAUCCGAACAGUACUGCUGAGUUUACAAGCAUUAUUAGCAACACCUGAACCCGAUGAUCCACAAGAUGCAGUCGUAGCUAAUCAAUAUAAAAAAGAUCGUAGCUUAUUUGAAAAAACGGCUCGACAUUGGGCAAAUGUGUAUGCGAAUGGACCAAAUGCUGAACCUGAAUGCGAUGCAGCGGUGAAAAAUCUCGUUGAAAUGGGUUUUUCUGUGGACAAAAACGUAACCCAAGCAUCGUAUCCUUAUUUAACUGAAUGUUUUCGUGAUACUGCUCUACAAUGGUGUCCACUAGUUAUCUUUUGGUUGGUUUUACCGUUCUGGUUAUGGAUGUUGUUAAGAAGAAAGAUUCAUCCGCAACCCCUAUCCAUUUCUGCGCUAUUCAUCGCGAAAAUGGUAUUUGCGGUUCUAUUCCUUCUCGUCCAAAUCGGUCGGAUUGUUAUCUACAUCUUACCGUCACAUCAGGAAAAAAGUUACGCUAGUUUAAUAAGUCCUAUAUUAUACAUCAUAACUUUAUUGAUCAUCAUCUGGUUGACGAACUAUGAUCGUCAAAAGGGUAUGUUCUGUUCGGGUUUACUCUUCAGCUUUUGGUUAAGCGUAUGGUUGGCUAUUAUUCCUGAUGUGAUUGAUUAUUCGGUUGAAUAUAAACAACAACAAUCCGUCCCACGAUUGAGAGAAAUUAUUCGUGUUUGGUUGCAUUUUAUAUUCGCAUUCACUUCAUUUAUUAUCAAUUGCUUUGCGGAAAGAUAUAAUUUUCCGAAAUUAGCACCUAACGAAUCAGAAAUUUCACCGGAACUGUAUGCAAGCUUUCCAUCUCGUUUGUUCUAUUCAUGGGUGACACCGUUGAUUCUUCGAGGAUAUCGAAAACCAUUAACCGAAGAGGAUUGUUGGCAGUUGCAAGUGUCCGAAAGAGCUGUUAAUAUUGUUCAUCGAGUGCAAGCUUGCCUAGAUGGUGUAAGUGGCCAAGCAAAAAAGAUUGGUUAUGAAAUGAGUCGACCAUUCAAUAAAUAUUACGUUCCGAAGGCGGGUAAAACGGAUGAUGAACAUCAAGAUUUAUUGAACAACGUCCCGCUAGUGGAUAUUAAAAGCAAAUCAACAUCAGCACCGAGAAAAAUCAUUUUCUGGCGUGCGCUUUUUAGGGCAUACAAAGGCAAACUGAUUAUUGGUGGUCUGUUAAAAGUUGUUCAUGAUAUUCUACAAUUCAGUGGGCCAAUGUUACUUAAGCGAAUUCUAAAUUUUUUGAAUGAUUCAUCCGCACCAACAUGGUUAGGAAUAUUCUAUGCGAUUCUGCUCGGCGCAGCCGUCUUUGGUCAAACAUUAUUUUUACAAGCUUAUUUUCAGCGACAGUAUCUUGUUGGCCUUCGUUUUCGUUCGGCAAUUACCGGACUCGUAUAUCGCAAAAGUUUAAAACUAUCCAACUCAGCAAAACAGGGCACAACGACUGGCGAAAUUGUCAAUUUAAUGUCUAUUGACGCCUCACGCUUUGGUGACAUGAGUUCUUAUAUACACGUUAUUUGGUCUGGCCCCUUUCAAAUAUGUCUUGCACUUGUGUUGCUCUACCAACAAAUGCAAUUAGCGAUUAUUCCUGGUGUCAUAUUAUUACUUCUCCUAAUUCCAUUGAAUAUCUUUAUACAAAGAAUUCAGAAGCAACUCACGACAGAACAAAUGAAACUGAAAGAUCAACGAAUUAAAGUCAUGAAUGAAGUUCUGAAUGGAAUUAAAGUUAUAAAAUUGUAUGCCUGGGAAAUGGUAUUUAUUCACCGAUUGACUGCCAUUCGAGAGGAAGAAUUGCGAUGCAUACGAAAGAAAGCAAUUAUCAAUACAAUCUCAAGCGUCUUAUGGACUUUUGUGCCCAUUCUGGUAUGCAUUACAACAUUUGCUACAUAUGUUUUGUCAUCAGAAAACAAUAUUUUAACGGCUGAGAAAGCAUUCGUUUCACUAGCGUUAUUUAACUUACUUCGCUUUCCUCUGAUCGUAUUUCCAAGUAUAAUUAACAGUGUGAUUGAAGCGAAUGUGUCGAACAAGCGAAUACAAAAAUUUUUGAAUAGCGAUGAAAUUGAUGAAUACAUAAUAAGUAAAUCGACAAUCGACACUGAAGGAAAUAUUCUUACCAUUGUCAAUGGCUCGUUUCAAUGGUCAAAUUCAAACGAUGAUCCACUAGUCUUGAAAAACGUUAAUUUAAAAGUCCGUCAAGGCUCACUGACUGCAUUUGUUGGCACGGUUGGCUCAGGCAAGAGUAGCAUUUUAGCUGCAUUGCUUGGCGAAAUGAAUAAAGUUGACGGCGAGGUUCAUAUCAAUGGAACAAUUGCUUAUGUCCCGCAAACAGCAUGGAUUUUGAAUGCAACACUCAAACAGAAUAUUCUAUUCGGAAGAGAUUAUAACGAAAGUUUAUAUCAGCAAGUGAUUGACGCAUGUGCAUUGAAAGCUGAUUUCGAUAUAUUACCACAAGGUGAUGAAACAGAAAUUGGAGAAAAAGGUAUCAAUCUUUCUGGUGGGCAAAGACAACGUAUUUCAAUAGCGAGAGCAUUAUACAGUGAAGCAGAUAUUUACCUAUUUGAUGAUCCGCUCUCAGCAGUCGAUGCACAUGUUGGUGGUCAUAUAUUCAAGCAGGCAAUUGGACCAAAGGGUCUAUUGAAAGAGAAAACACGUCUUUUAGUGACACAUGGUGUAUCGCAUUUACAUAAAUGUGACGCAAUUGCUGUUGUCUCACGCGGUGAAAUCAUUGAUCAAGGUUCAUAUAAUGAACUAAUGAACAAGAGUAAAACUCUACGUGAGCUUGUACAAACAAUUGCAACAGAACGACAAGAAUCCAGAACGAGUGAUACAGAACCGAAAACACCGACCACACCUUUGUCGGAUACGCUUGAAGAUGUCCUCAAAGCUGCACAAGAUGAUAGACAACACGAAACGAGUAAACCAGCAACAACAGAAAUUACCAAAGGUGAAAUGAAAGAAAAUAAAGAGAAACUUAUUCAAAAGGAAGGCAUGGAAACUGGUUCAGUGAAAUUCAAUGUGUUUCUUAUCUAUAUUCGUGCUUGUACUAUACCAAUGAUUUGUCUUAUAUGCCUGCUCUUCUGCUGCUUGGCAGGUGCAGCAUUGAGUACAAAUAUUUGGUUAUCUAAAUGGACUGAUCAAGCGAAGCAAGACGCCAAUAAUACAGCAGCUUCAUCUAGAAAUAAAAUCCAUGGCUUAGCAAUUUAUUCUGCGCUAGGAUGCAGUCAAGGAUUUGUCUCAUUUCUACUGCAAUUAUUUAUCUAUCUUGCUGCUUACAUUGCUAGUCGAACAUUACAUUCGUCACUAUUAUUCGGUGUUCUCCGAACACCCAUGGCAUUUUUCGAUACAACACCAAUUGGAAGAAUUAUUAAUCGCUUUGCCAAAGAUGUAGAUUCGAUUGAUUCAACCUUGCCAUCAUCAUUAUCAUCCUCAUUUUUAACACUAUCAGGCGUUUCAGUCACAAUAAUUAUUCUGCUCUAUGGAUCAUGGUUUGCAAUAUUCGCUCUAAUACCGCUUGCUUUCGUUUUUGCUUUUAUCCAGCGUGUCUAUAUCGCCUCGUCUAGACAACUUCGGCGACUUGAUUCGACCACACGUAGUCCAGUUUAUUCACAUUUUGGAGAAACAGUUCAAGGGUUAAGUUCAAUUCGAGCCUACCAUGUCCAAAAACGUUUCAUCGAUCAAUCUGACCAAUUACUCGAUCGAAAUCAAUCAUGUUACUUUGCUAGUUGUGUUUCCAACCGGUGGCUGGCGAUACGUCUCGAAUCUAUUGCGAACACAUUAGCACUGUCCGCAGCUAUUUUUGCUGUUUUAAUGCGUGGUCGACUCACCGCUGGUAUUGUUGGUCUAGCAAUAACUUAUUCAAUGCAAAUAACUCAAACACUCAACUGGCUUGUUCGAAUGGCGAGUGACGUGGAAACGAAUAUAGUUAGUGUAGAACGUAUUGAUGAAUACACACAAUUGUCACUAGAAGCUCCAUGGGAAAUUUCCGAAAAGAAGCCGCCACCUAAUUGGCCAACACGUGGAGAGAUUCAAAUCAAUAAUUUGUCGACAAAAUACCGAGAUAAUCUUGAAUUAGUACUCAAAGAUAUCACGAUUAACGUUCAACCAGGAGAAAAAGUUGGUAUCAUCGGACGAACAGGCAGUGGAAAGAGCAGUUUGUGUAUUGCACUUUUCCGUAUAAUCGAACCCACUACUGGCGAAAUUAUCGUUGACAAUGUCGAUAUUCGUCAAAUUGGCUUACACGAUAUUCGAUCUAAGAUUACAAUUAUUCCCCAGGACGCCGUCAUCUUUGCUGGAACCGUCAGAUUCAAUGUAGAUCCAUCUGGUACUCACAGUGAUACAGAAAUUUGGUCGGCAUUAGAAUUAGUACAUAUGAAACCACGAAUCGCUGCGAUGGAAAAUGGUUUAUUACAUCAAUUAACUGAAGGUGGCGAAAAUCUAAGUGCCGGUGAACGGCAAUUGUUAUGUAUGGCACGCGCGCUGUUAAGAAAAAGUAAAAUCUUUGUACUCGAUGAAGCUACGGCUGCAAUUGAUAUGGAAACAGAUCGAUUAAUUCAAAUGACAAUCCGUUCAGCAUUUAAAGAUGCAACCGUACUGACAAUUGCUCAUCGACUUCACACAAUUUUAGAUAGUAACAAGAUUUUAGUUUUAUCCAACGGUUAUAUACAAGAAUACGAUGAACCGAAACGCUUAGCUGCCAAUCCGAGAUCUGCAUUUGCCAAACUAUUACGUGAUGCUAAUAUUCAGUUGUCUUUAGCCAGCCCAAUUCCAGAUCAACCUCUAGUGCAAUGA